AUGCCUCGGGGUCGUGUAGCAGGGGUGGCCUCUCUAAGCAGUAAGGGUCCUCCGGUCCAACAGCCGCCGACCUUCCUGGCUCGACCUUUCAUACCUCUCGAUGUGGUCAACACGGGAGUGUUGUGGAAUCCUACAGAGCGUAUCCAAGCAGAUCCCCUAUUGUCUGACAAGGCGACUUUCUUACGUCACCUGGAGGGGGCUGAUGAGUUCUUCCGAAGGAGUGUUGCGGCCCAUCCAGUAUUGGUACGACAGAGCCUCCAUAGACUGCAGCAAGGGCAUGGGGUGCCAACGGUCGCCUUCUGUGGCCGAUCUAAUGCUGGCAAGUCUAGUCUGGUGAACGGCUUGUUGUUCGGUCGACAGGUCGCUAGAGCCUCUAAGACUCCUGGUCGGACCAGACAGCUGUUCACGUUCGACUUGGGCAGAGAUGAGCACAUUAGAGAGGGUAAGGGUAGGCCCCUAAGGAUAGUCGACUUACCAGGGUUGGGGUUUGCUAAGGGAAUCGACGCUGACCAGAAGGCAGAAUGGAGGGCCCUUGUGGGGGAGUAUAUGGAGAGGGCUGACAAUCUACGUUUAGUCGUGUCAUUGAUAGACGUCAUUGAAGGGGUUAAGUCGACCGAUGAGUAUCUCUGGAAGCUGACGGUUAGAUCGAUGGAGAACCGUAGUAUUAUGGAGGAAGGGCCGCCGCCACCGAGGAAUAUAAAAUCUAGGUUGAUGGUGGUCCUCACCAAAGUGGACAGAGUCCUUCCCACCACCCUUCACGAGGAGGUAGCCUCCAUCUUAUCGCGGAUAGAGUACUGGCAGAAAGAAUACGACCUUACCUUUUGGCCCUACGUACACUGUGUGAGUGCACAAGAUGGGCACGGUAUGUCCGAACUUCGGGCGGCUUUGGUCGAGGCUAUGGAUAAGCGAUGUUGGAAAAAACAAAAGAUUCCUGGCAGGUCGAAAUUGAUGCCACCAUGA